CAAAAAUCUUGAAUGAAUUUGGUUUGCCUGCCUAUAUUUCGGCAACUUUUUAUAUUUAUGUCGCUUGAAACUUACGAAUACUUCGUGUUACACAUGUAGCAGAAAAGUGUGACAUUUAUUCAGUGAAUGUGGUUUUUGAAGUGAUGCCAACAUGAGUAAGAUGUCGAAAAAUAAGUUGAACCUCACCCUUCCACCGGGGUCAAUAGACACAGCUCCGGCGAUCACCCCGUCGAAUAUGACACCCCAGCUGAAGUCAGCAACUGCUACGGAGCGGCAGGGUUUGGCUGGCAAGUCAAAGACUAGCAUCGAGGCUUUGACGGAAAGGCUCGAGCAGAUUGAGAUGGAUGAUACACAACGACGCAGGAUUGAAGUCUUCUUAUGCCAGAAAGAGAAGAUUGGGGAGCUGAGCGAUGAUGACUUUGAAAAACUGGGAGAACUAGGCCAAGGCAAUGGUGGUGUGGUAAUGAAGGUUCGCCACAAGUCUACGGGUCUUAUUAUGGCAAGAAAACUGAUACACCUAGAAGUAAAACCAGCCAUAAAGAAACAGAUUAUCAGGGAGCUCAAGGUUCUUCACGAGUGUAACUUUGCACACAUUGUGGGUUUCUAUGGAGCCUUUUAUAGUGAUGGUGAAAUUUCUAUCUGUAUGGAGUACAUGGAUGGUGGAUCACUAGAUCUUAUCUUAAAAAAGGCUGGAAGAAUACCUGAAUCAAUUCUAGGUACAAUAACUUCAGCGGUAUUGAAAGGCCUAAGUUACCUCCGCGAUAAGCACGCCAUAAUGCAUCGCGAUGUGAAGCCGUCCAACAUUCUCGUGAACAGCAAUGGCGAGAUCAAGAUCUGCGAUUUUGGUGUGUCAGGGCAACUGAUCGACUCCAUGGCGAACUCCUUUGUGGGAACCAGAAGUUAUAUGUCGCCUGAACGUCUUCAAGGCACCCACUAUUCAGUGCAGUCUGACAUUUGGUCGUUGGGCCUCUCGCUCGUUGAGAUGGCUAUCGGCAUGUAUCCUAUACCGCCGCCUGAUGCGAAAACUUUAGCCGCAAUCUUCGGCGGACAGAAUGAAGACCAUUCGCCUGGGCAAGCACCCAACUCCCCUCGGCCAAUGGCUAUAUUCGAGCUGUUAGACUACAUAGUGAAUGAACCACCGCCGAAACUACCAUCGGGAAUUUUCUCCGACGAAUUCAAGGACUUCGUCGACCGCUGUUUGAAGAAGAAUCCUGACGAAAGAGCAGAUUUAAAGACCUUAAUGAGUAUGACAAGGACUCAGAUAACAGAACAAAAGGCAGAUGGCCACCAAAAGAAGUGCGGCCACCAAAGCAAAUACGAAGUCAAAAGCGAAUACAAUCUCGCGUCAAAUCACGAAUGGAUACGCAAAGCGGACGCCGAGAAGGUGGACAUAGCGGGAUGGGUGUGCAAGACGAUGGACCUGAUGCCCUCCACGCCCAAUUCUAACGUGUCUCCUUUUUCUUCAUAAGCUGCAAGAAGUGCAUACUUUCAUCAGCGAAAAAGGGUCAAAACAUUUCCCAAGAAAGAGCGGGCGGAACAAUCAGUGAGGACACUGGCGCAGAGGAGUAGUGCUGACACUGCGCGCGGGCAGUUCACAGUAUGUCAACUCUAGAUACCAUUCUUAUCCAACAGGCAGGCGAACACAACGAAUCGUAAUCUCAUCGUUACAUUAUCGAAUGGGGCGUGCUUGGUAACACACUUGCUAUACUCUAUUCAACUUUCACUGAGGCAAAAGGUAAACACAUACAGUGCGGCAAGGACCUUUAUGAUUGUGACUGAUAGUUCAGGGAGGGCGCCACUGUCUAUGUAAAUGACAUACAAAAUAUGACGUUUGUAAAUACGGCGGCGUUAGUUCCAUUUCUCGCCACCAU